GACCUUCAAUCAUUCAAACCCUUGCGGAAUAAGGAUGAAUGUGUUAAGGCAUUAUGCCUAGCCCUAAAGAUUGGGAUAGUUUUAAAAUUUUCACACAAUUAUGCAUGUUUAGUUAUACAAAGUCACUUAUAAAUGUCACUAGCAUAUGGAUAUGGCAUGCGUUCCUCUGUUCAAUAAACAACAGUGUUAUAACUUUGAUGUUUUAGUAAAGCUUCACAGUUUGACAGCUGUUCCUUACGUUAACUCCGUCACUUUCGCGAAGCUUCGGCUUUUGAACAGCCGAAGCUCUGCUCAAUACUCUCCCAGAACUGAAAUCCGAAAUAAUAUUGUGACUUGGAACAGUGAACAUCGUUUCCAUUGCAAAUUCAAAAGCAAUGCUGAGACAACUAUAUUAGAUCCAAACAUUCUUAAAGUGUCUAUCCGCAUGGAAACAAAAGGUGGAAAAUCAUUUCACAAAGUUGGUUUUGUCAGUAUCAAUUUACCAUGUUUCGCUGCUGUUGGAAAUGUAAUUAACCAUCGUAGAUAUAUUUUAGAAGGUUAUGAUGAGAAACGUAAACGUCAGGACAAUUCUCUUUUAUCAAUUUCAUUCUGUCUGCGACAGUUGACUGGAGAUAAUUGUUUUCGAACGUAAGUUCAUAAAUGAUUUCACCUGUGGUUCUCAGUUUUACUGUUCUUGCCAUCUUCCAUAUAUUUUAGGUUGCUUCCGUAAAACCUGUCUAAAGUGAAUAGGAUUUUCGAUAGUUUAGAAUUAUUCCUUAUGUCAAGUUUUUGUUAAAAGUUAGCUUUGCUUCAACUAGGUUUCAUACUCAUAUACUUGUGUGAACUUAAUGGGAAUUGGUGCUUCUUCUGAAUCAUAAUCACUUCCUUCAGCGCUUUAGUCAAAGCUAUGUACUAGUUAUCUAUUAAUCGUUUCCGUAAUUUUGCCAACAUUUAUAUCGAGCGUUUCAAUCUGUAGUUCAGCAUACCAAACGAAGAUAAUGCCACUAUCUUAAGUCUGUGAAGUCGAUUUAAUCUUAAAAUAUAGUGUCGAAAUUGCUUAAAAAGAAAUAUAUUUUAAAGGUUCCAAAUAGGUAGGCAACCUCAUAAUUAAUUCGUCGAAACACUAGAUAUUUAAUGCAUAAAAGAAGUUAGAAGUAUUCUUUUAUAAAUAGGUCCUCAUCUCGACUCCACAACGAUUUGUUAGUUUAACAGCUGAAUAUAAAUCAUUAUUAGUCAUUUGAUUGAGAAUCAGCUGACAGCGUAUAUAAAUCUAGUUCUGUCUGUAGAAAUUGCAGUGGGUUCGUAAGUAUUUGAUUUUAGUUUUUGGACGAAUGCUGAAAUGAUAAAGUUUGAGGUCACUCAGUCAUUAUGAAACAAGUCACCUACAGACACGAUCAGAAUAAUAAAUGAGACUAGAUCCGUAAGUUACGCUUGUUUAUGCUGAUUCCUAUAAUCUCUUCUAUGUUCAAAGGGCAAAAUUUGGAAGCAUAAUGAAUGUUGGAUGAGACUCGAUAUACAACUGUAAAAGACACCUUAAAAUCACUGAUACAUUUGUUUACUAGAUACACCAGGAUAGAGUUGUUAUCAGCUAUUUCUCAUCCGGACACCAAACGAGACAAUAAACUUGCCUAAUCGUAUAUUCAAUAUAAAUG